AUGCUGGCCGCUUCGGUGGAUGAUGAGCAGGCUGAAAAUGAGCUCUCUGAAAUCAAAGGUCAGGCUAAAAUGAUCUUCCGCCGCCUGAAUCGUAAUGCAGUACCACAAGCAAGCAUCGAGUCCGGCCAGUACAAUCUCCACUACACUAUCCAGGACGACAUUUGCUUCCUUUGCAUCUGUGACCGCUCUUAUCCACGAAAACUUGCAUUCACCUAUCUGGCCGAUCUGGCCUCUGAAUUCACUACCACCUACUCCACCUCACAAUAUCAAUCUCCCAAUCUCCGCCCUUACGCAUUCGUCGAAUUCGACACCUUCAUCCAGCGCACCAAGAAGCUGUAUCAAGAUAGCCGUGCCUCUGGGAACCUUGACAAGCUAAACGAUGAGCUACGAGAUGUCACCAAGGUCAUGACCAAGAACAUCGAGGAUCUCCUAUACCGCGGAGAUAGUCUAGAGCGAAUGGGAGAAUUGUCUGGCCGUCUGAGAGAGGACAGUAAGAAAUACCGGAAGGCGGCAGUGCGCAUCAACUGGGAAUUGUUGGUGAAGCAGUAUGGUCCCUUUAUCGGUGUUGGCCUCUUGAUCUUCAUUUUGCUUUUCUGGCGCUUCUUCUAG